ACGUGACCACCAGGGAGGCAGCGUGCUGCUGCUGUGUCUGACAACAACUACCUGAGCUGUGAAAAUACAAAAUAAUGUUCUCGUUUGACACCCUGAUGACGAGUCUGCAGGACUGUGUGAUCUCCGAGGAACAAGCAGCUAAAAAUGUCAUCGAAACUCUCAGACUGUUCUUUGAUAAACUGUCUGAAUCCUCCAGGAGCAGUGUGAAGAGGAGUAAGGAGCGCUGUUUGGAGGAGGCUGUCCAGCUGCUGAGGUGGAUCUCAGAGGAUCAGCUUCGUGCUUUAGAGGACAGAAACCUGCUGCUUCUGGUCAGACUCCUCAUAUCCCUGCAGCUGCAGAUGGUCAACAUCUCCACAGCCUGCCGUAAAGUGGACCAGAUGUUGCAACAUGUGGCAAAGGUGGACCAUCAACUGGUGUUUCGAGAAACCCUUCAGUGUUUGCACUCCAUAGUCCACAGUGAGCAGAUUUUGUCUUUUGAAGACUUGCAGAGAGCCUGUAUGUUCCUGGAGGACAGUACUGUGGGUCGAGAAGUGUGGCGAGAGUCGCACAUGUCCAUGCUGAAGAAAGUGUCUGAGUUGUUCCCUGUAGUGUUGCAACAAGAAUCCCUGAGAGACGGACCAAUGUGCUACAUCACUGUGAAGGUGUGCUUACAACUAUUUCAGCUGUUGUCCAAUGAAGUGGCUCCUCUAGUGUGGGAAAAAGACCACAGAGGCCCCACGGUGCAGAAGAUCCUGCAGGCUCUUAUGGACAUUAUCCUUGGACAGUGCUGCAACAGGGACACUCGUCUCCUGGCAGGAACCGCCGUGUCCAUGCUGAUCAACACAGCAUCAGAGAGCGGAGCUGGAGGAGCUGCUGCCUGGAGUCUGCUGCAGGUCUCUCACUCCGAGCCCUGGCUGCUGAUUGUCGGUGCUCUCCAGGUAAAGUGUAAACCUACAGGAAGGGACGGAGUGGACAGACUGGCUGUGAGCAGAGGCCUCCUGACCUGCUGUCGACCUCUCAUCCUGCUCAGCUCACAUGAGGACGUCACAGAAUGUUUACUGCUGAGAGGUUUGUUUCCUCUGGUCUCUGCUUUGUGUGAGGAGAAGCUGGAUUGUCACUACUUUGCCUUUGAAGUGUUGACACUAUGGCUGAAGAAAGUGAAAGACUCUUUGGUUGAUCUCUGGAAGAUAAACGGUGUUCAGCUUCUGCCUGAUGACAGCAGCCUGCAGCAGCAGCUCAUUCACAUCAUCUGGACCAACGCAGAAAGCCCAGUGGAAGGAGUGUCAGAAUUUGCGCGUAGUGCCUUCAUUCUGCUGCUGGACCUCUACGAGAAGGACUGUGAGCAGUUUUGUGAUUCAGAGACAGUGCUUUAUUUUACCCUGCUUCAGCGAAUCAUGAAGCUACCCUGGGAAGCCAAAGCCAAAUAUCACCGUCUUUGUGCCCUGCUGCCAUAUCUGGGUACUGACAUGGUUCUGGAUCAGUAUGUGGAAAUACCCAAUCAUCUCCUCAAGUGCUUGUCAACCAAUCACCUGUCACCGUGUGGGUCAGAGCUUUACAAAUGUCUGAUCCAGCAGCAGAGACGAGAGCUCUGCGACGGCUCACAGAGGUCUGCUUCACACACUGAGCUGGAACUGGCCGGUCACUGGGCGAGGCGUUGGCAGCCCGUCCUCCACGAGGCUCUGACGUCUGACGUGACUCUUCUACAGAACAACAGCUCCACACAGCUACUUCCCUGCACCUUUCAGGUCUUCCCCUCUGCUGUAGACCAUCUGCUGGCCUCUCUGGACCCAUAUGCCCCCGGACACCUCUACGCCUGGGCCUGCAUCCUGAGCUCUUAUCGAGCUGUGACCGGUGGUUCUCCCUGGACUCUUCAAGGUAGUUCCACCUUUGAAACCCUCCAGUUAGCUCUGGGAUCCGCUGACGACAAAGUCCGCCUUGCAGCUCUCAAUCUGCUCUGCUGCUCCCCAAAGACCAAAGACACUCCAACACCAGAGGAGAUGACGAUAAUGAGGACGUUUAUUCCUCAGAACCUGAACUGUGAGUCCUCUCCUUUUCGUCAGCAUUUCCAGGCCGGAGUGAAGAGAUUUGUGGUUCGUAUCAGAGAUGGCUGCUUGGCACAUGUCAAAGGACCAAAGAGCAAAAAGAAAGGAGGUGCCACCGAAUCAGAGAGGGAGAACGAGCUGCUGGAGCAGGGACUAGAGUUUGUGGAAUGGUUGAGCCAGCUUCCCUACAGUUAUCUGGCACCGGGACACAGUUACCAGAGGAAGAAGACGGCGUUGCUGCUGCUGUCUGCAGUGCUGGAGACCUGCACAGACACCUGGAACCCUGACAAGAAGAAAGGACAACCUCCAGCAAAUAUGGGGUCUCUUAUUAACUGUGCCAGACAGCGAGGGCAGUGGGAUUUCUUCUGUAGGACCAAACAGCUGGUUCUUAUCGGCUGCUUAGAAGAUUCUACAAACGAGAUUCGGGAGCUGUCAGCUGGAUUAUUGCUGAGAUUUUUCCCACCCAGUUUUCCAGAUGAUGUUGCAGAAGUGCUGCACACAAGAACCAAGCAGCUUCUGUGCAGUCCACGGGUGCAGGAGGCUCAGAUGGGAGCACUGAUGAUGAAAGUCCUCCUGCAGAAAUCGCAAGACUCUGGAGACUCCAGGCUGAGCAGCAACAUUGCUGUCAGCAGUGGGAGUAACCCGAUGGCCUCCUGCAUGGUCAGAGUUCUGGUGAAGGAGCUCCAGGAGCACUAUCUGACAGCCAAGGCAGACAUGAUGCUCGCUGCCAGAACCAAACCGAUACAUGGAGUUCUAAGUGCCCUUCAGAGGUGUUUGCUCGAGACACCCCACAGCGUCUAUGAGUUACUUGACCACAGUCUGAACACUGAGGUUCUGAUUCUGCUGGAGAGCGUCUCUCUGCUGCUGCUCGGUGUUCUGUACGGAGACCAGGACGUUUGUGCGACCGAAAAGGAUGCCCCGCCAUCUUUCUGUGAUAUGGGAAAUGCCAUCAGCUCUCUGAUAGCACAGGCGUCUUCAGGUGGUCAAGCGGAUGGAGACGAGUGUGUCCUGCUGUCUGAAGAGCACAGCCUUGUCCUCACCUGCUGCUGGGUCUCCCUCAAGGAGAUAGGCAUUCUUUUAGGUUCACUGGUGGAGAAAAUUCUCGCAGAAACCAAAGAACCCAGCAAGUGCCUUCUAACACAAGAGGAUCUGAUGAGAGCAUCAAAAGUAUUCAAGAAUAUUCUUCUCAAAUGUCGUCACUGGGGGGCAGUGGAGGGAUGCUGUAUCGGCUUCACAAAGUUCUGUGCCUCUCUGUUGAGCAGCAAUGAUCCAGAGCUUCAGGAUAUUCCAGCUCAAAUGCUGACACAAGGGCUGCAGGUUGUUCAGUGCCUUCGUUCUUCCUCUGUGACCCGGCGGGCUGCAGGGGUGCCGAUGUUGAUCCUCUGUGUCGUGUCGGCGGAGGAGGCCAGUAAAUCAAGACCGCUGUUAGCCCACAGUAUGCAAACCUUACUGGAAACGGCUAGAACCCCUCUCAGUGAGCACUGGGACCAAACAUUGGACCUGCCACAGGUGUGUGCGGUUCACACUCUGCAGGCUCUGGUUCGUGGUGCAAGUUUAGGAGGAGCUGUCCUUCAGUUUGCGCCUGCUGUAGCUGUUUUGUCUCUCACUCUGCUCAGUUCUCCCUGCUGGGCCAUGAGGAAUGCUGCUCUGCAACUUUACAGUUCUCUGUGCUCGCGAAUGCUCGGCCAGAGGUCCAGCAGUGAUGAGGCUGGUCCUACCCAGCACGGCAUGUCCCCUCCUGCCUUCUUCUUCCACUAUCCUGGGCUCCAGCCCUUCCUCCUGGCCGAGCUGAGAGGGGCAGCACAAGUCCUCCAGGGUCCAUCUAAUGAGGCCAAAUUGCACCUCCAGCCCUCACUCUAUCCCAUCCUCACUCUGCUGUCUCAGCUCCAGCCUGGUGUCCAAGAUUCAACAGAAACUUUGUCGGACUUCCUGCCUCCGUUACUCCAGCUGUCUGCCAGUCCUAUUUACAGUGUGAGAGUGAUGGCCUCCAAGGCUCUGGUUGCCAUGACUCCCCCCUCAGACUACAUGAACAUCCUCAUCAGACUCACAGCUCAACUGCCCAGCGCACAGGAGCGCUGCUGUCACAACCAGCUCCAUGGCCAGCUGCUGCAGAUCAAAGCUGUUCUGGAAAGAGCUCUCGGUGCAGGCAGGGCCCCUUCAGAUGACCUGUGUGAGGUGCUGAUCAGGGUGCAAGCCUCGAUGUGGCUGGUGACUGAAGCUCAACGCUGCCCCCUAGUCAGAGCAGUGUACCUCGGAGUGGCAGAUUCUCUGAGAAGCCUGUGCUGUGAGACCUUCCUGUCAAAGCUCAGUGACAUGCUAAUGCUCAACCUCCAAGCGCCUCAGCAGGGUCUUCAGGUUGGGCUGUCGUCCUUCCAUCAGCAAGCGAUCCACUUCCUGUGUGCGGAUCUAAAGUGUGCCUGUAAAAUCUGGGACAACUUCUCUGCAGCAAGUCUUGACCUGAGGCUGUCACUGGUUACGUGGGUGCUGGAUGGGCAGGGACCGCAGCAGACUGGCCUGAAAGAAGUGAUCCAGAGGGUGUUGCAGUCAAACUUGAAGGAGGCCUUGUUGAGUGACAGUGUGGAAUACCGCAGGACCUACCUCGCAGCCCUGAUAGCGCUGACAGCCGACGGUGAUCCUGUUUUACCCCAACAUCUGCUGCGCUCGGUCCCAAUGGAGGAGCCAGUUCUGUCUGAGUGUCUGGAUUUGUUGCUCAGGGACCUGGAGGCCCAGAGAGGCGGGCCAGAGUUUCUGUCCCAAGCCCUGCAUGCUGCUAGUCUGCUGCUUUCCCAGUGGACAGACUCCAGUCUAAAGAUAUCUGCGUUGGAGCGCUGGUGUAACAUCUUGGAGCACCAGCGGGCCCCAGACGCCCCUGAAGCGCUCAGGAUGGCGUGUGCUGAAGCUCUGUGUGUAGCUGGAGCUCCACUAAUGAACAACAGCACUCAGCCUGCCUUUGUGAUCAGGCUCAUCAACACAGGCCUUUACUUGCUGCAGGACCAAAGCCAGCAGGUGAGGAUGAAAGCGGCCUGUUUUACUUCAGUACUCCACCAUGCAAGAAGAGGAGAAAGGAAAAAGAGCAUCUACCUCAUACAGGUCAACCAGGCUCUGCUGCUCCUCCUGGACCUGCUGCUGGAGGACUGUUGGGACACUCCUGGUACACUGGAGGUGCUGCUGUGUCACCUGCCUCAGUCUGACCUCACAACUGUGCUGAGAGAGGCCUCAGUGAGAGCGUGCUCCACUCUGUAUGAGCAGGACGAGGCCAAUGUGUUUGCAGAGCCCUGUGUGAUGUCUGCACAUGUGCUGCCGUACCUGCUGCAGAUGGCUGAAAGAUGCUCUCAGUCCUCUGCUCUGGCAACGAGCCUGAAUUCAUGGGCAGAAGAGAGUUCUGCGCAGGUGCUAGACAGUCUUUCUGACUGCAAGAAGCUCCUGCCAGCUGAGACAUUGACGCCCACUUGGCUGACUCUCCUCAUGGACCCCCGCUUCCACAGCACCCUGUGUGGCCUGUUCACUAGAGCUGCCUUCCUCCUCCGGCUGCUGGAAACAUCUGAUAGCACACAACACCUCUGUGAUCCUUCAUCCGUGCGCACGAGUUUACAGGAGGUUUGCAGUCUGCUCGCUCAGAACGGUGUCCACUUUCCUUCGGCGGUAGCAGCUGCUGUGGCUGGAGAGCUGCUGCUAUGAUGUAACACAGACGCUUUUUUGUACGCUCGGUGGGCAAAGUCUGUCGGCCGCCGUGUCCCAGGAUGAAAUUACCUGUGGAUAUUUUAAGGCUGCUGAUGACAGACAUAUGUGCAGCCUUAUUCUUGAAUGAACGUCCGAAGUGCUGAUGCUGCUGUGCGUCAGCAGUUGGGAGGCUGACUGAGUUACAUAAGAGCUCAGUUGCUGCAGUUACUUGUGUCCAUCAUCGCAUUUACUGUGAUGAAUAAGAGACCUUCUGGGCAGUGGGUGCUGUGUGCAAAUACGCAACACGGUGCACCGAAACAGCUGCUCUUCAUAGGCCCUGGAGGCCUCUUUUUGCAAGAAAGCUUUUAAAUGAGAGUUUAUAAAAUGAAUGUUUCAGAAACUUUAUUCGUUUUUUGAAUAAAGCUUGUCAAACAGAGCUACAGUAAGAGGUCUUUUUAAUCAAACAUUGUGCUUUUGUCCCUUGUUGUUCAGAGCUAUAUACUUGCCAUGUGUCAGCAGGAACAGCAGCAGGACUGAUGUACUGCUACAGCAUGAUCAGCCCUAUACAGUGUGUAGCCUCUAAUGACAAGCAGGCAGAAUGCAGGCUUUAGCAUCUGAUUUUAAAUGUAUAACAGUAACCCAAUAGCAGUUACCCCUACUCUUGACAGAAAGUCUCAGAUUUUAUUUUUUUUUAAAUAUUUCACAGUUUUGGAAGCCCGUUUCUAAAAAAAGAAAUUGCAAAAAGUAACAAAAAUUAAACGACCUGCUCCUCAUGAGCUUUCAAGGCUUGUUUCUACAAAAAUGCUGUAAAAAAGACUUUUAAAAAAAACACAUUUUCUGAAGUUGUACUUGCUUUUAGAAUUUAAACCUGUUUAUACGCAGAGCUGCAGUGAGGUCUGUCUUUCUAAUCACAUUCACCCUGAGCUUAGUGCUUUUGUCUUGUGCUGUUCUAAGCUGUAUACUUCAUCAGUAAACCUCAGACCGAUGCAUUGAUGUAAUGCUACAGCAUCUGGAGAAAUUGCCUGCUUGGCGUACGGUUUAUUGUUCCAUUAGAGGCCUUCUCCUCGGAUAAGUGUCCAUUUUCCAACCACAUGAGGGCAGACCAUGAUUGACUGGAUGCGAUAGAGAGUUGGCGGUUGCCCCGCAACCCGACCACACACUGGAGCAGUCUUACAUCAUCAGAUAGCCUACUGCUUUUGUUUGAGAUGGGUGGCUCUCAGUGCCAGACAAACACUGACAUGAAAGAGUUUGUGCGUGCUAUGACUGGCCAUGUUCAGGUAUUAAUUAAAGGUGUACGGAUGCUUAUCUGUCAAAGAAUCUAACUAGUCAGUUAAUCAGCAUAAUAUAAUAUAGCUCUGUCUGCACUUUCAUUGUGUAUGCAUGAAGAACAUAUAAAUUAGGCAUCAGCAAUGACAAUAAGCUUGUAAUUAUGAUUCUUACAUAAGCCUUAUGCAAUGUCUUUCCUGUGAUGCACACCCAACUCCACACCUGCUGCGUGGAGUUCUGUGAGAUUAACGUGUGCCUCAGAGGAAGCUGUUGGUGGUUCUGUUUGAGAACAUGACGCAGGACAAGGUAAAGCUCAAUCACAAUGAAAAAGUUGGGCAAACUUUGAAUCAUUCAAUCAAUUCUUUAAAAAUAUGAAUUGUGCCACACUUAGUAACGCCUAGCGUGUGUUUUCUUUUCAUCAAAGCUUUCUGCUGCUCACCAAUUGAUCGUAUGAUUCAGCUUCUUAUGUUCAGAAGUGUUUAAAGACAAAGCUCCAUAGCAGGCAAUCAAUUCAGUUUUACUUCAAGACUAUGGUUAAAAAAAACUUGUUGCUCGUCAGCAUGCUUGAAAAUAAAAGUGCAAUUUUAAUGGAAAGACAUACUCAUUUUAGUUUCUGUUCUUGCUUGAACAGCAUACAGUAUGAGGGCCUCGAAAACAAAGCUGAAGAAGUGAGUUUUAAGUUGAGCAGCGUUGUAAACUCCUGAAGGCAGAGUGUGUAUAAUGGAGAAUGACCAUCUGGCUUAAUAAAAGCUUCCCAAUCGUUACUGUGAGUCUCUGGGCUCUCGGUAAGCCUGCGUCCUGCUAAUUAAAUGAUUAACUAUGGCAACAGGGAACAAGGCCAAGUAGGUACAGCCACUUUGAUGGGUGGGUGUACAGACGUUUGUGCACCACUUGGAGCAUGAAAGGAGUGUUUUUCCACUGUUGUGUUACAAGUAGCCAGAGGAUCCUUGCUUUUAAGGUUAAAAAAACCCAGCAAGGCUCAAGUGUUUUUAUUGUACAAGUGGAAUAACAGAAUCAAUCUUAAUUAAUUAAGGUUUUGUCAGUGUAACUGUGCACUUUGAUUUUUAAGAUGAACGGUUUGUCCUCAGUGUAAUAAAGAUUUGGAAUGAG